AUGCGUCUUUUGAAGGACGCUGGCAUGCGUAAGCUCAACGUUGCAGGCGGUGAGCCAUUCCUCCAUCCGAAAUUCCUAGGCGAGCUGCUACGGUACUGCAAGGAGGAUCUGGACCUCGAAAGCAUCAGCAUCGUCAGCAACGGAAGCAAGAUUCAAGAGAAGUGGCUCCGCCAGUAUGGCCGGUAUCUGGACAUUCUGGCUAUCUCUUGUGAUUCCUUUGUUCGUGAGACGAACAAGGAGAUCGGUCGCGGAGAGAAUGGCGGAGCGGAGGGAGAAAAGGACCACAUUGCACAGGUAUUCCGCAUCGCUGAAUGGUGCAAGGAGUACAACAUCAUGUUUAAGCUCAACACUGUCGUCAACAUCUACAACUGGAACGAGGACAUGGCAGACACAAUUGCGCACUUGGCGCCGUUCCGAUGGAAGGUAUUCCAUUGCCUGUUUGUAGAAGGCGAGAACGAGGAUGAGACGCGGGUGCGUGACGCAAGAAAGCUUCUCAUCUCGGAGGAGCAAUGGCAGACGUUUUGCGGGAGGCACAAGCACCUGCCCUGCUACAUGCCUGAGGACAAUGAGACGAUGGCCGGUAGCUAUUUGCUGCUGGACGAGAAGCUGCGCUUCCUCGACAAGGGCAACGGGCCGAUGAAGAAGAGCGAGUCCUUGCUUGAUGUUGGAGUGAAGAAGGCCAUGCAGCAGGUAGCAUGGGACAAGAGCGCGUUUGAUAAGAGAGGCGGUGUCUACGAGUGGCGAAAACCGCAGGCUGAAAGCGCCGAAGGUGGUUGUAAUAGCGAAAGCAAGAAGGAAUUAGAGUGGUAG